AUUCUCCAGCUGACAAUGUUGACAAGUUUACAAAAUACACGAAAGAAAUGCAAAAACAAUAACUAAAAAUGGCCCUCAGUUAUCUUGCAGAGAGCGAAGCGCCGCGAGAUUUCAAAGUUUCAUCUACGGAGAGUGACGGACAUUACAAGAAAUGUGUUUUGUGUUAUACAGUUAAGAAAAACUUCUAUUGCGCCGAAUGUGUCAGGAAUGGAAACUUUGUACAUUCUUCGAUGCCUUACUCGGACAGAUUUGCUGAAAAACAAGCUAAACUGAUGCGUUUAAAACUAAACAGACAACAUGUACUGGACAGAUGUGAAAAAUUGUUAGGACCAAAGCUUAGAAAAGACAUUCUGCUCACAGAGAAUAAGUUGUCACGGGACAAGUUGGACCUUGUACGGCUUGCCAUUGAGCAGCGGAGAAGUAUUAUAGAGGCCAAGAGAAAAGAGUUGACCGAGUUGAAAAAUCACAAUAAUGAACUGCGACUCAAACUGCCGAGAUAUCAGAAAAGAGUAGCCAGUCUCGGGAAACAUGCUCAAAAUCAACAUAUAGAACUUCAGAACAAAAUCAGUAUUUACAAUGACCAAGCUCAAGAUCUUGCAGCACUGAGGAGAUCUAGAAUACGGCAAUUUACUAAAUACAUAUUUCCUGUUUACUUAAGCUAUGACCCAAGUGACAGCAUAGAAGAUCUCGAGUUCCUGGGCGAGGACUCGGAGGAGGAGCCUCCGCGGAGACCACAGCUGCACAUCGGUGCGCCCUGGAUCGAUGCCGACGGCGACUGCUCGCAUAUACAAGCCUGGGGUACCACUCAUUAAUGCAUCUGUUUCAAGU